GCGCACUUUAUCUGAGCCGAAUUGUCUCUCGCUACGGUACCAACGGUGAGCCUCGUGUUCAUCACCAUGCAGGUAGUUAGAUUGACCCGUAUACGUACUGGCAGCAUUCCGCCACUUCUUCAAUUCGCUGCUCGGUCUCCCGUCUAGUCUAGGGUCCUGCGUCCGUCACGGUGCGCACCGGCGCGCGUCGCAAAGCAGUGACCAGUCCCUCGCCCGUAUCCUUCAUACCGUCGCUUUUCGCCCUGCUCUACGUUGUGCUCCUAUGUCGUUUAUUGUGAUGGACAGUGAUGGGGCAGCCGGAAAAAAGGUGAAAGAGCGGCGAGAACGUCGACGGAAAAUUCGUGAGCAAGCAGGAAUAACCUACAGUGUUCCGAGGACCUUCAACAUCUCGUCUCUGUCCGACGGACAGCCUAAAGACUCCCUCGAGGUGCCUCUUCAGGCGGAGUACACGGGCACACACAUCAUCUCUUCGGUUGAAGCCUCGAUGAAACCACGCUCAGUCCACGAUCUCCUUAACAAACUGAACGAAGUUAUGGGGACAGCUCAUACCUUCGAACGUUAUCCAGAACUCGCUGAUGCACUGCGAGCGUAUAUUGCAGAGGGGCAUGACUUCGGGUACACCUAUGCUCUGCUUCGUUCAGAGUGGAAUCCGAAUCCUGUGGUUGGCCUUCGGCUGUUAGCCUCAAGGGCAGAAGAUGACCAAACUCAACGGUCCAAUAUGUUUGAUCCCGAAACGAACAUGAUUGUCAAGCCUUUCACAAUUCCACGCCGUGUGUGGGACCUAUGUGGCAAUCGCGUCAUCCCUUACUGGGCAGUAUCGCGUUUGGAUGGUGCGAUCUCCCACAGUUGGAUGGACAACUCUCGUCGCCAGUCUAUCGAGACGCCUAUCAACAACAAAGAGUGGCCUGUGCCCCUCCUGAACAUGGGCUUGCGUACUGUAUGGUUGGAUGUGCUCUGUCUACGGCAGUACGGCUCUCAGGAGAAUGAGGCUAUCCGUCUACAGGAGUGGAAGUUGGAUGUCCCUACGAUCGGGGAUGUAUACAGCGCAUCGAAACUCGUCGUGCACUAUUACAGCGGGCUUGGGCGUGCUUUCCGCAUUGGUGACCUCGACAGCCCGCGGCAUUGGCUCAACCGAGCGUGGACAUUGCAGGAGAUCACAGCAGAGUCUAGAGUUGCUGGCAUUGCCACAAACUCUCCAGUGGUACGAUCGACCUCCGACAUCAACGAGCAGACAAGCGACAUAGUCGAUCCGGACGAGCGUAAAUUCUGGCAUACGGUCUCUUGGCUGUAUCAAAACUGCGCCGAUCAGCGAGACUCUCUAUACCCCAUUCUUGACGCCAUGCGCCAUCGUUCAGCUGAAAGCGAGUUGGACAAGAUCGCUGGGCUUGCGUACUUGACGAUGGCGCGGGUUUACCACCAAGCCUGGAAGGCCCUCGUCCGGGCUAUGGACGCUGGCUUCCGGGGCGACUCCUAUGGCUCUUCCCAGAGCCGGGACAAGAUAGAUGCAACUUCGCUUCCGCGGGCACAGUCAGGACACGAGCCUGCAAUGUAUUAUCACACAGGAUAUCGCUUCGAUGAUUGCGAGCUACACGGUCUCGAUAUCAUCCUGCCAGAUCAUCAAAAAGGAGUGGCGUGCAUUCGCAUGUCCAGCGGCGACAUCUAUCACUCCCUAUGCGUGUACCCCACGCGCAGCCUAUCCCUCAGGCACGAAGUACAUUUGAUCUCCGCAUCCAGACACCUGCGAUGGUUAAAACUCACUGUGCUCGAAGUUGCGACCUCUGCGUUUAUCGCUGUUCAGGACGCCAUAGCUUUUGAAUCUCGAUACAAAGGCCACCUUGGGAGCCACUUGACCCGAUGUUAUUAUGCAUGAUCAGUAAGAUAGGCUCACGUAGAACCAUCCAAGCUUCCGUACGUGAGCACUGAGUACCAUGCAGUGAUAGCCUUAGUGAAUGAUAGUACUACAUGCCCGGUCUUUUUCUGUUUCCUAUUAUUCCUCUACGUUUGACCUUGUUGAGGGGAGGAGUACGCUUCAAGUUGUAUACUACUAGACUACAGAUAACUCUUCGAGUAACCCUCAGUAUGCAGCGCAAACCACUCUAGAAGUGAUCUGGCGGACUGGGGUGAGCUGUUCUGGGCCUGGACACGUAUUUGUAUGGCCGUAUCAUAUACAGGCUGCAGUUUAGCAGGAAGCUGAAGUAGAUGCAGC